GUUGCAUCAAGUGAAUUUCGAUGCUCCCACUUGCGAAGGCAAGCAUCGGGAAAAGCUCUCCUUGAUAGGGGACUUCUCCUCUUCGGCGGAGUUCUUCGUCACCAUCGCAGUCUUCGCCUUCCUUUACUCGCUGGCUGCCACCGUGGUUUAUAUCUUCUUCCAGAACAAGUACCGUGAGAACAACAGAGGACCUCUGAUUGAUUUCAUUGUGACAGUGGUCUUCUCGUUCUUGUGGCUAGUGGGCUCAUCUGCUUGGGCUAAAGGACUGUCGGAUGUAAAGAUUGCAACCGACCCCGACGAAGUGCUACUACUGAUGUCUGCCUGCAAACAGCAGUCCAACAAGUGCUUGCCUGUUCGCAGCCCUGUUAUGUCAAGCCUCAACACUUCGGUUGUCUUUGGCUUCUUGAACUUUAUCCUCUGGGCAGGCAACAUUUGGUUUGUGUUUAAGGAGACGGGCUGGCAUUCCUCGGGCCAGCGGCACCCUCCGGACCCCAUGGAGAAGCAGUCCAGCAGCUACAACCAAGGUGGCUACAACCAAGACAGCUACGGGCCGGCCGGUGGCUACAACCAGCCGGGCUCCUAUGGCCAGGUGGGUGAAUACGGCCAGUCCCAGAGCUACGGCCAGAGCGGGCCAACCUCCUUCGCUAAUCAGAUUUAGGGUUCACACAGCACGAGUUCUUGCAUCCCUCACUUGUAGAGAGUUUAACAGGUCUCAAGUUUCAGUUGCACCAGGUUUUUAAGGGUUUUACAUAAAUUAAUACUACAACGUGGUGUUUAAUGUCGAUUGAAGACUUAAGCUUACCUCCUGAGACAGACGGGAGGUGGCCGGUGGGCUGGAGGUGGCCUUUUUUUACCCUGAGUAGCUGGAUACAGGGGACAUGCUCAUCGCAGGUGGUGACCUGGAGUCAGUGUUGUAGUAUGUACUGUAGAGAUAACUUUAUGGUAGUUUUGUAUGUGUUAAGAUGGUAGAAGCCUUUUGUAGCCUCAAGUCUGUAGUAUUUAAUAUGCAUAAUCUAAUUGAAUUUCCUUCUGCAUUUUGGUGAGAAACGAAAGUGGUUUACUAUUAUUUCUACGGAUUAUUCUGUGUACCCAUGCAUGUAACAUUGCACCCAAAUUUUCAAGAAAACUGCCUGUCUGUGGCUCUUCAGAGCAUUUGUUUUGGUUACACCUUUGCGUUUCAGAAGAUUUUACUAUUAUUUCAGUUAACCGAGUCAUCUGUAAUUUAGUGCAUGGAUAAGCAGUUUCAUACUACCAAAUGUCUGGACUGUGUAAAUGGAACUUCUCAACUUCUGCCACUGCAUUUUGUUAAAUGUACGUUUAAAAGGAGUAUGCAUCUUUUAUAUAUUUUGCAGAGUUGAAUAUAUGGCUUUCCCAAGUUCUGAAUGCUUUGUAACUAAACUGGUUUUCCUUGAAAUGGCAUUCAGUAGUAUAUAUGGUACCUGACCAAUGUUUAUUCCAUUUAACUCAGCUAAGUAUUCAUUCUAUAAAUCACUAUUUCUAUGGAUGUUUUGUGAAUCUUUUAACGUGAGCCGUGGAAAAUAAGGACCAAGUAACUGUGUUAUAUGUUUACAAAAGUAUUUAUUUAACUAAGAUAACAGAGGUGCAGAUAUCAGUAUACAAAUCCAUGUGAAAAUGCCCUGUUGCUUAAUAUAGCAAAUCACAAAACCCGCAUGUAUUGUUGUGACCUUACAAAGCAUAAAUAUUCCUUUAUACCUUCUUAUGAUAAAAAACCCUCACCUUUCCAUCCGUGCUGUUUCAUGAUAGUUAGAUCUCCCCCUGUUCUGUCGCUGCUCUGAGCGCUAGCUUGGUGCUACUGGAGAAUGUAACUGGAUUGACCAAAUAACCCAGGCUCAGAGGAACUCACCCUAAAAUAGCCAGAGCCAGACCUGUGUCCCGUUUGGAUUUCUUCCCGGGAAGUUCAGCCCUUCCUCACUACAGCAUAUGGGACACAUUGACACAAACGAAAGUCUGAAGCACAAUAUACUAAGUAAAACUGAUCAUCUGCAUUUCUAAAUCCAAGUGUAUCAGUAUAUAAUCUUAUUGUAUGAGCUGUAACGUUGGAAGCAUCUUAUCUUAAAACAGCUUAGUCUCUUCUAUGAUUGUUGUAACCAAUUUAUGGCUACUCGGUGGAUGAAUCUAUAUUGUGAUAUCUAUUUGACCCUAAUAAAGUUAUUGCAUACAAUG